CCUCUGGCUUGAGAGGCGCGGGAAGGCGCCGUGGAGAAGCUGGUGGGCGGGGCAAAGAGAGAGCGAGACUCUGUCCGGGUGGGUGGAAGGGAAUAAUAGCAGCAGCUAAUCCGCGCUCUUUCACCUCAUGGUCCCCUUCUUUAUUUUUGUGGUCCCCUUAUUUUAUUUUACAAGACACUUUCAGAAAGGCAGAGAGAGCUUUCGAAAUAGAGGGUGGUAGGGGGAUAUGGAGGGUGAGAGGAAAUUUAUUAUUAUUAUAACGCAUGGAUUUCCCCUUAUUAACUUUAUCAAUAGGGGCUUGUUUAAGCAAAAAGGGUAAAAUCCAUUAAGGAAUGCAGUACAAUAUGAGAUCAUCACUCCCCGAACUUUAGAGCAUGGGAAGUCACGCAGAGAUACAUAAUUUGGCAUACAAUUUGGCUUUUUUAUUGUAUUAUAAUUUGGAAUGUUUUAAUGAGGAUUUUGUUGGAUUGUUAAAAUGGAAAACUAUAUAUAUAUAUAUAUAUAUAUAUAUAUGGGGGGUUUGAAAUCCUUAAGUCUAAAUGGGGCUGCAUUUUUACGCCCCCGCCCCCAAAAGAAGAAAACACCCUGAGGUACAUGAAAUGAUUCUCCCCUCACUUUCCCGGAGCUGGGGAGAAGGGCAUAUGAUACCUCAUUCAAUUCACCUCACCUUUAUGGAUUUAAAAGGUUUCAGCCCCAACUUGCCACCUGCCAACAGGCCUCCAAGGCAGCCGGCAUGAAGAGUGGUUGGGGCAACUCAGCCUGGUGUGUGGAGUGUAUAUAUAAUGAAAUUAUUGUUAUAAGUGACAAAGCAGUAUACUAAAUUUAAGGCAAAGUUCUCUCCUCCCCCCCCCCCACUUUCGAUGCGUGCUUAUUGAUGGUGAAGUAGGGGUUUAUUUAUUAAAUUUGUAUACCUCCCUUCAUCAGUAGAGCUUAGGGCGGUUCACAACUGAAAUUAGUGAUUGUAAAUGAGGGGAGAGGGAUUUAUUCCAGAUUAAUUCGCAGAGUGCAUGGGGCUGUGACCUUUUUGUAAUUGUAUCACCAUAUACAGAGACAAUGUUAUCUGAUAUCUAAUCCGGAUUCUGUACAUGGAGAUAGUUUCUUCUUCUUUGUUGCUCACUGCCCAUUGUUCAGCUUAGUUAUAAAGUUGCUAUUCCACCCCCCCCCUCCAAGUGCAGUUAAUAACUUGACUUGACUAUAUAUAAAUUAGGGUAUCAAUGCUCCUACACAUCUUGCAAGCAUUUUAAGGAUUGCAAGAUGUGUGAACAAUAAUAGUCUUUAGCUGUAGGUUGUGUCUUAUCAGGUUUGACCUGAUGGCGUCAUGUUUAUUCCUGGUUCCAGGUUUUUCUUUUAAAAUGCCACUACUUGAGAAACAAGGUAAGAGAGACUUAUUUAAUGCUACUUUUUAGUAUGGUGAAUACUAAAGUGAUCAGAUAUGCAUCAUGAACUGUUAAUUUCUUAAAAUGGUUGAUUUCUCCACUCUAGUUAUGUCCCAGUGGAAGGUACUUUUGCAGGGCAAAAUGUGAUACCAUCAGAUAAUAUCUGUUGUUCCAUGUAUAUUCACCAUAAGAAGGGCCACUGUUGCAAGCAAAGAGUGUUUAUAAACAUAGAAUUGUACUGUGGUGAGGGUUUUGCUAGUUGAUUAACAGCUCUGGCAAUAAUUUUAAGAGCUAUUUUAUUUGUGUGUAUGAUAUCUUCUCAUUUAUAGGCAUCUUUUAAAGCUCCCCUUGGGUAACCCUUAAGCCUGUUGCCAGGUAUUGUGAAGGAUUUCUGUAAAAGAGAUCUUAUUUGGAAGACGCACUGUGUGCAGGGCACCCCGAGCUGCCCUCUUUAGUUAUUUGUGGCCAGGGAGAGGUGGAAAAUACUGUUAAGUAUGUAUUUAUUACUCCAUGCAUAAUUGUCCUAGGGAUAGAUUUCUCAGUGUGAAUCUUCAGAAUUUCCUUUUUGAAUGGUAGGAAGAAAAAUUGCACUUGCUGAUGGAUAUACUACAUCUAAGGUUUCUACAUUUCCUUUAAGAGCACAACAGAUUAAACAAAAUUUCAUUUUACAGCAUGGGUUCCAGUGUGCUAGGGACUGGUUAUGCUAAAAUGUACCUCAACUAACACUGUAUUUUUGUGAUGAUCAAUAGCUUUUAGCAAAUAAAUUUGACUGAGUGAUAAGGAAUUGUAAGUCUAUCUGAAAAUAUUGUAUUUAGAACAUACUGGCCCAUGGCAGUGAUCUAUUAACACAACAGCAGCAACAGCAGCACAAUAACAAGUCUGCUAAUGGUGGUUAACUAGGUGUCUCAAAGUCAUUCACAAUUGGGGUUUCAUAUUAAUAUCAGACACUUUUGACCUCUAUGACCCAAUUUCACAAGAUGCAGAGAAAGAGCACAUUCUGAAAGUCUAUUCUGAGUGGAACCAUUUGCGAUACAGAUUUGAAUGAUACCCCAUGUUAGCACCUCACUGCAUGUGAAAAACUAGUGCAUUAGGGACCAGAGUUUUAGCCUCGCCAUAAAACAUUCCAUGUAUGCUUUAUGCAGGGAAAUUAUCAGAUUUUUGUCAUUUUCCUGCAUUUUGAAGUAGAACAAUCUAAGACAGUACCACAUGCUACUUCUGCAAAUGAUGGGCCGCACUGUACAGUCUCUGGAGAUGAGGGAUAAUUGCUGCUCAGCUAUAAAGGUCCAUCCUGCAAUCUGUCUUCCUAUUUUAAAAUCUAUUGAUCCUGAUAGUGAGUGGAAAUGUAUUCCAAGUGUUGGUUCUUCCAGAUAUGAUAAUUUAAGGAAAGGGCUCUCUGUAUGUAAACUGCCCUAGAAUCUCUUCUUAAUGGCGGUCUAUAAAUUUUUCACAGAAAUAAAUGUAACAUUGAAUGAUCAUGUUCCAAAGGAACUUGCAAAAUGAUCCAUAUGACCUGGUUCCAUAAAAUCGCUAAGGUGUGUGUGUAUUAUUAUUUGAAAAUGGCAAAGCAACUAGUAUCAAAACUGGCAGAUACAAUAAACUGAAAUACACUGUAGAACAGAAUUAAUCAAAUAGAUGACAUUCUUCCCCCCCACAGGAAGUAUUGUGCAUCAAACCGAGCACGUCCCUUUGCAAUUUUCUGCAAGCAGAGCUUCUGAAUUUCAAUUGUAUUUGGCAUAAAAUGGUCUGAUUCAUGCUGGUAAUUUCUCAUCAUGCUAAUCAUCAACAUUCUGCAACUGUUUCUUAACAUCCUGGCCUCCUUCCAUGACAUUUUGCCCCCAUUCCCACAAAUUUAAUUCUUUAUUAGCACUUUGCCCUCACUGAUAUUCUUAAAUGUUUUUAUCUUGUAAACUCCACUCUAUCUCAUAGAUCUGAGUGGGGGUUAAUAUAUUCAGUAUUAUAUGCAGAUGCAGUGAUGAGCUAACUUAUGUAAGCAAGUAGUACAGACACAAAUAUAUUUGUCUCUAAUUACCUGUUUGUGGUAGUAUAACCUACCAUCUCUGCAUGUUUAACCAUAGAAAAUAGUGAGCAGAUGCUAGUGAAAAAUGAAACCUAUCUGCAGAUUUUGUAAGUACUCCCAUUUGAAAGAUUGAUGUGACUUUUGAAAAUUAAAUUGUAUGAAAAUUAAAAUUCAUUAUAAAAAUGGAUUUUUUUAUUUAAGAAAAAACAAGGAUCAGAGAAAGAGGCUUGUACAUGAAAUCUGCACCUUUUUGGACAGCAGCCAAUCUGUAAGUAAUUUAUGAAACAAAUCUUGCCCAUGAAAAUGAAAACUGUGUAUAUGCAGGUAAGGAAUGUCUUAUGGAGCAAUGCUUAAUUUUAUGGGUGCCCUUUAAUUUUCCCUGUGUCUUUGUGUUGUGUGAGAGAGGGUUAUAUCUGCUCAGAGUAGAUGCCUAAGUUAAUAAUGUCUGUUAAUUUCAAUGGGUCUACUCUGAGUAAAAGUAACACUGGAUACAACCUAGAGAGUGUCUUCUUUGAAAUAGUUGGUAAAGCCCACUUACAUCCCCUUUCAAAAUGUAGAUUCUGCCAAGAACUUUCACCCACUGGCUUUUACUGUACAUGCAGUUACUCCAUUAUUAGCAUAAUACGUUUGGCGUAUACUCUGAGACACUAUUAUUGUACCACAUAGUCUAGGACUGUGUGCUCAUGAAUCCUGGCUCAAACUGAGCCCUUGGAGCUGCCUAUGGCUUCCUUGAGGUAAAGAGUCAAUGGGCCACAUUUUAAAGCUGCCAUAAAAUUUGGACUUUGGGGGAAAUGGAUUGUGUCUGUUUUGGAAGGCUAUGGCCAAUGCUAAACAAAUUAAGCAACAUUGCUACUUAAAGCAAUCCUAACCAUGUCUACUCACAAGCAAGUCCUGUUGAAUUAAAUGGAGCUAACUCCCAAGUAAGGGGGGCUAGUGUUGCAACCUAAAUUAUUCCACAACUUAUUCAGAAUUUAGUUAAAAAAAAUAAAAAUAUUUAAGUGCCUGCAAAAAAAAAAAAAAGAUAAUAAUAAUCUACAUGCUUGGUCACAUGUACCUAUAUAUCAGUUGAAAGCCUAAGCAGUGGAUGUUUCUCAGAAUAUGUCAGAAGCAAGUUUGGAACUGCCAAAUUCCACGUAUAAAGCAAAGAGCAACCAUUAAGGCCUUUGGAAAUGCAACACUUAUCUGAGAAAAGCAAACCUGAGCUUUGAGAUAUGUUACUUGGAUUGCAACAAUAAUGUUUUGUUUGGUUGUGUCUUUGUUUGUUUGUUUAGGUCCAGGAGAUUGAUGCUCUGAGAACAGAAAAUAGGAAGCUAAAAAAUGCGGUACCUAUUUGGCAUUUUAUAUACAUUUAUGGCUGGCUUAAAGCCUGUGCCUAUGCUUCAGUGUCAGGAUUGGAGGUGGUUGUCUCAAUCAGAACUUUACUCCAUUUGAUGGCAUGGGUUUGGUGGCCAGAAAUAAUCCCUUGCUUGACUUCUGAAUUAAAUUUUAGCUACAGAGGUAAUUUAUGCCAGUUCAUAGGAUCUAAGGCAGUAGUUCCCAAUCCCCCACCCAACAGACCUCUUGAAAAUAGCUGAGGUACUUGGCGGACCACUUAAUGACUUUUCUGCCUGUUGUAGCCAUUGUGCCAAGUGCUGUCUGAUUUUUAAUUGCAUUUUAAUUGCUUUUAUUUCUUACAUAUUGUAUUUUAGUGUAUUACAAUUUGAAUUCCAUAAAAUCCAAAUUGUAAUACAACAAAAAAUAAGAAAAAUUAAAAAAUCAAUUAAAAAUCAAAAUGAAUAUGUUGUUCAAUGUGCCAUGUACUGUUUUCAACUACAAAUCAAUUAACAUGCCACACACCACCUGAAUGAAGCUCGUGGACUACUGAUGGUCCAUGGACCACAGUUUUGGAACCCUUGAUCUAAGAGGAAAUAUAUCCUACACCUCAAAUCUGCCGGUUUUGGGCAAGAUGUUGGAGCAUGUGGCUUCUCGACUUCAGGUACUUUUGGAUUAUUCCAGUCUGCUUUGGAGAUGGAAGCAGAUUUGGUCAUGCUGGUGGAUGGCUUCUGCUGGGAAAUAGAUGCAGAAAGUGCUACCCUGUUAGUUCUUUUGGACCUCUCAGUAACACUUCAAGUCAUUGAAGAUGUCAUCCUUCUAAGUUGUUUAUAUGGAUUGAAUUUAGGAUGCAUGUUAUUCUUCCAGUCCUUCCUGGAUAAGCAGCCAUAGAAGGUGGUGUUGGGGAGCUACUAUUCCACUCCUUGGCCAUUGAGGAGCCGCAAGACUGAUGCUUUUUUAACUGUUUUAACUGAUCUGUGGAUGGCUUUUGUUGUAGUUAUUUACUGUACUUUGUGGGAUGGGAUGCUUGUUGAUUUUUAGUGGUUAAUUAUUUUGUUUUACUGUAUUGUAUUUUAGUUGUAUGUGGCCUUGGUGAGUUUUUCCUCUUAAAGGAAGUGGCUUAAAAUAUUUAAAAUAGAUAAAAUAGUAUGUAAAUAUUUUGAUCUAAUACUGUUCUAAUUCUUUUCCACAUUAGAACUCCCGGCUGCGUUAUAAAACAAAAGGUAUGUAUUUACAAAAGUAAACCCAUUGAGGAGUAUUCUUAGGGAAGCAACAUAUUUUAUUUUGUGAUAGGCAAUAAGGCGAUAAGGAUGAAGAUAUAUUCAAACAAGUAAGUAGGUUUCAAAGAGUAGGUGGUUUGUGGGUAAGAGAACAGGUAACAUUUGUAGCGAUUAUUGCAAUACCAUGUUGGGAGGGGUACUUUUAUCUUAAAAUAGCAACUGAAAUUCCACUUGCAAGGAGCAGAAUUAUAUUUUUCUUUCUUCUUAGAUUGGGCCCUAAAGAAAGAAGAAUAUGAAAAGUAAGACAUGAUAUGUUAACACAACAUUUUAAACAACAGACUAUGGUCGUAUCUAAACUUCCACUAUUUUGUGGAUAUGAUUCAGUACACCUGGAAAUUUAGGUUGCACAGUUGAAGUAAAUUUAGCAUUCUUGCACAACAACCACCUCCCCCCAAAAAAACAAAAAAAUACUCUGGAUUUUUUGUGAUAAGUGACAGGGAAAUGUAUGGAACUGUGUGGGAUAACACUGACAAUGAACAACAUCAUAGAACUUCUGUGCAUUUCAGAACAGAAAGAUCACACAUACACAGGCUUGUGGUCUGUCAGCCUCCACCAUUAGGCUAGCAGCUUGUGAAUGCACAUUUUAUAUUUGCUAACCAUUUUGGUUAGCAUCCGUCACAUGAUAAAGAGUAGCUUUUAAAUGUAAACAUAUGAAUAUGAAUUUGUGCUUGUAUUCUGAUUUACUUUCAAAGUGAGAUUGAGAGGCUUUCGGGUGAGAUAUCAAAUUACUUGAAUGUCACAAACUUCUGGGUGAGUAUAAAUUAUUUCAGGGGUGGUAUAUACGCUUCUGAAAAAGUGGUACCUGGUACAUAAAUAUCAAGUCAUUGGGUUGUAUCCAUUGCUGUGCCAUCAGAGUUCCAUUGAUGCGAUAAGACUUCUGUUUGCUCUUCUCUCCUUGCCCCUCUCCCCAAAUCUGCUCCAGAAGGUCUCCCGACCUAAUUUUGAGAGUGCACAGAGGGCAGGAAAGGGAAAGAAGGUUCCCUUGUUUGCAUGAAAAUUCCUUGCCCCACUGGAGCUGGAGCAUUGGAUACAGCCAAUAGACUGGCCCAAUCUAGCUAAAGUAACCCAUUAAAAGCAAGGGAGCAAGUAAUAAUAACUAUGGACUUUCCAUAGUACUUAAUCAUGGCUACUUUUAGCUUGUUGAAUCUAGAGAACGGCAGAAGCCCUGGCCAUGAAUUAUAUACAUUUGUUGCUCUUUACAGAUACAGUAUUAGAAAAUGUUUUGAAGUUUAAUUCUCCAAAUGCAACAUUCGUUCUUGGCUUAUUAUAUGCAAUCUGCUGAAUUUUUAUGCUGAUUUUUUUCUGCUUUGUGUAUGUGUGUUCAUACAUGGAUAGUGAUAUUUUUAUGUUUUGUUAUUGUAUGCCAUCCUAAUAGUUUUGUAGGUGUAUGAUUUUUUACUGAAGGGUGUCCUGCAAAAAACAAAACAAAACCCUUCCACAAUCUAAUAAACAAAUAAAAUUAGGAUUGGAAAGACUGGGGGAGUGACAUGUCAUAUAUCACUUUCCAUUACACUUUUCAUUAAAAAGACGUUUUGCUUGGUUUGCUGAAACAUCAGUUAGAUUGUGUCUUUCUUUUUUAGUAUGAAGAGUCUGAGCUUCUCAACAGCCAAGGUAUGUUGUUUUAGUGGCUGUAAAGGACAUUGAUGUUUAUUAUACAUCUGCUUACUUUUAUGUUAGUCUCUAUGCCCUUCCUAGUAAUCCUACUGUGUAAGGUGCCAAAAUUUCACAUUACUGUACUAAAUAUUUUGACCCAUUGUAAUCCGCAAUAAGAGGGGAAAUUCAAACUGAACCUUCAUAUGAUAUGAAGGCUAAACCUUGAUUCUGAACUACAGUGAGUUACAGUAGUAGUAGUAGUAGUAGUAAUAUAUUAUUAUUAUUAUUAUUAUUAUUAUUAUUAAUACCCCCACCCAUCCGGCUGGGCCUCCCCAGCCACUCUGGAUGGCUCCCAACAUAUUAAAAACAGAAUAAUACAUCACACAUUAAAAAUGUCUCUAAACAGUCCCUCUGAAGGAGCAGAUAUGCAGGUUAGAGGUACGGCUAGAUCCACUGCUGUCACUUGAGACCCAGGUGGCCUCAGUGGCGAUCAGUGCCUUCCAUCGGCUUCAGCUGGUACCCCAGCUACGCCCCUAUCGGGACAGGGGUAACCUAAAUUAUAUGCUCUGGUUACCUCUAGGUUAGAUCAUUGCAAUGUGUUAUACGUGGGGCAGCUUCUGAAGGCAGUUUAGAAACUUCAGCUGGUGCAGAAUUCAUUAGCCAGUGGCAACACAGUUUGAACAUAUAACACCAAUCCUAGCCUGACUGAACUGGGCAUCAGUUACUUUCUCGGCCCAAUUCAGAGUGUUGGUUUUGACUUAUAGGGCCUUAAAUGGCUCGGGACCGCAAUACCUCAAGGACUGCCUCUCCUCAUAUGAGCUAACCUGGACCCUGUGAUCGUCAUCUGAGGAUGUUCCUUGUGUGUCCCUCCACAAGAGGGGGGAGUAAAAUGAACAUGCCGGGCAAGGAAAAGUUUUUGAAGAAAAGGAAAAUAGCUGUCCUUUACAGUGAGCCAAAAUGAAGUGGAAAUAUAAACCGUGGGUUAACCUGGACUUUUCAGUAAGGUACUAUAAGCCGAAACCUUUUUUGUUGUUGUUGUUUAAAAGUGGUUUUCUUUAGGGAGCCUAUACUGGCAAGUGAAGCCAAUGACAAGAACCAGGCAAAGGCACACCUUCAAAGGUUCUAAACUUAUAAACGUGCAGUGCUGAGGAAUGGUUCCCUGAUCAGAAACCCUGAAUUGUCCACCCCAAGCCCUGCCUUAUUUCUUCCCCCAAACAUCAAGCGAAGGGGGGGGGGUGUGGCUUAGAGAAACCAAGAGGGGUGAGGUUUAAGCGCACAGUCUAUUCCAAGCCCCGGCAGCCUUUAAAAUUUUACAGGGGGCUCCCGAUUUAAGUGGUACCAAUGGAAGGGGUGGCAGGGUAAAUUAAACCCACGCUAGAAGAGUAAUAAAUCAAUAAACGGCAGGCACAAACACACGCUGCAAGCACACACACACACACGACUUAAAAUUAGAGAGGAACAGGAAAAGGAACCCUGAGGAUCAUCUAGUCCAACCCAAGCAAUGCAGAAAUAUUCAGCUGUCCCAUACAGGGAUCGAACUUGCAACCUUGGCAUUAUCAGCACCAUGCUCUAACCAACUGAGCUAUCCAGGCUCUCAAGGACAAUGGAGGGGGAAAACGCACCAGCACCCUGGCCAACAAAUUAAAAUGUAAGGCAAACCCACUCAGUCACGCAGACCAGCCAUACAAUUGGACAGGCAAGGGCAAUAGAGGGGAAAACGUACAAGUGCCCUGGCCAAAAAUUAAAUAAAAACGCACAGCCACCAAGGCAGAGGCAGGGGAAGAACAGCGAGGAGACGAGGGAGAAAGAAAGACGGAGCCACACUCACACUCAGACCUUGCUGGGGGCACGUGCUGGGCAAGGGAACAAGCUGCAGCUUAAGAAAGUUAAUUCGCACUCAGACCGCACAAACAAAUCAAGCACGAGGAGUGGGGGGAAAUAGAAGGUUAAAUGUAGGUUUUUACACGGAAAAGAGGACACAGCAAGGCAAACCUGGAUGCCUGGGUUUUAAAAAGCAGUAAAGCAAUGAGCGCACGCAAGCCUCCUAAAGUUAAAAGGCAAGCCAGGAACCAGGCAGCCUCCACACACACAGACACCCCCCCCCCGACUCAAAACCUCGUGGCUCUUCCCUGUGAUGACUCCUAGCUGAUGACUCGCGACGGGACGACGAAAAGUGAGGCCGGAAGGCUGGUGCCGCAGCAGUUUGGGCUGCUAAACACGCCCCCUCGCAGGCACCUGGUUGGGUGCCUGCCUGUGGGCGUAGGCCAGCCAGGUGAGUGGGAGGCUGCCUGGUUCCUGGCUUGCCUUUUAACAUUCCACAACCACUCCCCUCUCUUGCAGGAGGAGAGUCUUUCCUUGUGUGUCCCUCCAGAAGGUGGCAACACAAGAAUGAUCCUUUUCUGCAGUGGCUUCCUGUCUGUGGAAUGCUUUCCUCAAGGAGGCUUGCUUGGUGCCACCAUUAUAUAUCUUGUCUAGGGCAAGAUAAAGUGACUAACAAAUUUAAUAAAUAAAAUAAAGUCUUUGGCACUGGUUAAGAUUCCUGGAAUUAUUUCCAUCUUUUCUAAUGUUAGAUGCUAGAUGUAUCCUCCAUCUUAUGCACUUGCUGGCUGAUACAGCAAGUUUUAGACUGUUAGACCAAGCAAAGAGAUAUUGAAAGAUUCCCAGAUGUGCAUGUGUAUAACAUAAUAUUCAAUUUUACAGAUAAAAGAAUUCUAAGUGAACCUAGAAAACAUGCCAGGUGAGGGCUUGACUUUUUCACCCCAUUAUCUACUUACAGAAAGUUGUUCUAAGUGAUUGACUGUGUAUGAAGUCUGGUAAUAUAUUUUCUUUAAAAUUCAGUUAUUUUAGCUAAAAUUCUGCAGCCACACUGCUUAGCAAAAGACUAUAAAAAAAUAUUCAGUGAGUUCUCACUUGUCUGUGGACAUAUUUUUCAUAUGUGCCUAAUUGAAACACAGUUUUAAUUAGAAAAUGCCUUUUCCCUUUGAGCUCUUUUCCCCUUGAGCUAUGUACCUGAAUAAACUAUCUGCUAGUUUUUUACAUGUAAAUCAAUAUCUGUGACUUUUUAAAUGAUAAGAUUUUCAUUUGAAUAUCCACAGCACUCAGACAGAGGGUGCUUUUGUGCUGGAGAAGAGGUAAGGGCAACUGCAUAAUUUAGUUUGUUUUGAAAUUGCUUGUAUGUGAGAGACAUAUCCCUGGCGGAGUUUUCCCAAGGAAUUAAUGCUAGUUUGACUAAGAUGAUCCCUGUUUAGAAGCAUGCUACGCAUUUGCCACUUUCGCAUAGUGAAGAGUGUGUAUGUACAAAUGCACUAGCAUAUUCUACUGGAAUAUUUAUUAACUAAAAGGGAAUGGUUAAAGAACCUGAAAAUAACACAGCUUCUAUUUAAACACCAUUCCAGGUAAUGGCAGGGUACAUGCAGUUUCACAUUCUCCUAUGAAGUAGAUGCACAUUUAUGACUAUGUGGGAUACAGAAUCACUACAUUUAUUUGUUUUGGCUGACUGACAUCAGUGCUUACCAGCUUCUUGAGGCAUUUUAUAUAACCAUUUGCUAUAGCAAUUACUUAUCUCAUUUGAUUAGUUCUUGUUUAAUGAACAAUAACAUCAAAAUAAGUUUCUUAAGAGGCCUCUGUUGCCAAUGCCAGUUCCUCGAAGUACCUAAACACGAGGGGUUGCCAAAUGCUACUCUACAAUUCUUCAGAGUGUAAAUAUAGAGGCACCAAAGGCCAAGUAUUUUUUAUUAUUUUCAGAAUUGUAUCACCUGCUUUUUUUCCUUCAAAAAGCAGUCAGUCAAAUCAGCUAAGAAGUACAAAAGCCAAAAGUGAUUCAACCGUUAAGAUACAAAUAAUCAAAUUAAAACAUUAGCAAAAAAUGACAUAAGGAACAGCACUAACAUAGAACCAGCAACAAUAUAUUGCUUUAAAAAAGAGUGUUUUCAAUGCUGGUGGGAUAUAAAUAUAUGACUACAACCUAACUUAUUGAGCAGGGAUUUCCACAUAUGAGGUACCACCACAGAGAAAGGCCUCUUGCAUACGGUCAUCAAUUUUGUCUUAGAACACAUGCAAGAGGCAGGGGUGGUUAGAUUGGCUCCUGCCAAGGGCCCAGGCAUAGAGUGAAGUCAGCCUGCUUGCCUGACUGUACACUUCCAGGGCCACUCCUUUGCUGCUCUGGGUGGCCGGAUGAGGCAAGGGCACAAGGGACAGAGCGGGGGAGCACUGAUACAGCUCCUUGCCAAGGGCACCAGGGAGCCAAGUUUCACCCAGACGUGGGUAAAACAGCUGAUCUUAAAUGAUAGGCUAGUUCACAUUAGAGGAGAGAGUCAAGCAGCUUGACCCCAUGCUAUUUAGGGCGUGGUAAAUAAUAACCAAGACAAUGCACUCUUUUGAUGUAAAGAAUGUGUAACAAACUUCAACAAUGAAAUGUUUAGAAUCAUAUCAGAUAUGAAAUUGGUAUAGGCUGCAAUCCUAUACCAAUUUACCUGAUAGUAUGCCUCAACAGGACUUAAUUCUGGUUUGAUAUGUAUAGGAUUGUACUAUAACUGCAGGAUUGACCCCUUGUUCAUUUGGGGACUGUGGUAUAUGAGGAAGAAAGAUUAAAUCUUUCCUCCUGCUGUAGUCAUGAUAAAACUCACUCACUUGAAGGUUAAUUUUGCUUUUAUUCCAUCCCACAGAACUGUUGAAACUCAGACUGGAGAAGAUGGCUCUAGGUAUCAUACAGUGAAAAAUUAAUUCUUCUUUAAAACAUUAAUUUGAUUCUCUGUGUACUUAAAAUUAAUGAAGCGAGGGUUUCACUAAAUAAUUCAAGUACUUUGCGAAUAGUAACUCUUUGGAUUUUCCGUGAGGGUGACAAAGAUUAUCCUUGGUGGAUUUUAAGGACAAGUUGCUACCCACUGACUUAGCUUGGCAAAAUUGCUGAGACUUUCAUAUUCAGGUCAGAGAAUGGUCGCUGUGGACAGGCAACUUUACUGACAAUAAUGUGAUGAUACAGUGUAGCUAUUGUGGUUUGGGGCAUCCAAAACCAGCUAAAUGUUGAGGCCUUAAGGAUUUUGCACCAAUCCUUACAUGGCCACAAGUGUGCUCUGACCUGAAUAGGAGAACAGGACACCUCUUACCACUCCCACUUUCCACCUUUCACCUCAUCGUCCUGAAGACUCCUACAACCUUAAAGGGAUUGGCAGACUGUAGUUCACAGUUGCAUGUUCCAUACAACACAAUUCACAAUCUGGAAUUCAAGAUUGACUCUCCAGCGAGUGUGUAUAGGAUUGCCGUCAUAAAGUGGUGGACCACAUCACAGAUUAUGAACCUGAUCUGUUAUUAUUUCCCCCGAUUUAGCUAUGUUGUUGAAGACUCAUUAUCACAGGUAAGCAAAGUGUCUGGGGCUAGGUGGGCAGCUGCUGUGCAAUUCUUAUACCUUAAAUCCAACACAUUGGACAUAGAAAGUCAUGCUGAUUCUCUGCCGAACAAUUUCUUUAAUCUAAAAUCUGAUCUGCCCACUUUUUACAGCCAUACCAGUCAGCUUGAAAAUUUAGCUGUUUUUGCAACUUCCUGUGGUGGCGGCAAGCUGGAAUCUUGUACUUGCAGUGUUUCUUUGUUUCUGUUCUGCUUGUCACUGCCUGUAGAAGAGUCCUCACCUAUAUUAACAAUAUGAAGCAAACACAGGAUUGAGUAUUUCACAUUUUAUUCACUAUAGUUUAUUGUACUUAUAUUUUAUGUAUUCCCCCUUGAUGCCUAUUUAUCCAACUAUUAAAAUUAGUCAGUAAAUACAAAUAGUGAAUUGUAUCCAAGUAGCUCAUACUCAGAGUAAACCUUCUGAAAUCAAUGCAUAUGACUAACUUAAAUCCAUUGAUUUCAAAUGUCAUAUGACUUAAGUUGAUAAAACCCAGUAUAUUUUUUGGGGGGUGGGGUGGGGGGUGGGAAUCACAACAGCUGCUUAAUCUAGGUGUUUAUUGGUUGAAGUGGACUUUUUUUUGUAUAAAUGCUUAGAAUAUAUUUUUUAAAAACCUAUUCAUCUAAUAUUCUCUUUGCAGGAUGAGUUUGAAUAGCAGAAGUCCAGUGUGGUGUAACAAUAACCUAUUUGAGUGCUGGAGAGCUUUCAUGUUUGACAUUUUAAAUUUUGAUGAACCAUAUUAAAAUAUUUAUAGCUAUAUGCCAAAUAAAGAUAUUUUAAUCCUGCUAU